AGUGGUCUGUCUGCAGGCUGCCCCUUUGCAGCUGCAGUCGGUUGCAUGUGUUAAAAGGCUGCAGCUGCAGCGGCUCUGGCGCAGAUUCACACGGUCCCUGGAAACAAACAGAGGAUAUUUUCAUCAUUUCCUGCUGACCAUCUUGGAGUCAGAGAGGAUGUUAAUGAUGAUGAUGAUGAUGAGGAAGAAGGGAUCCAAGGAGUCUUUGGCUAUGUUGGCUCUUCUUCUGGCCUCGGCCAGCAGCAUCCUGCCUCCAUCAGAAAAAGAUCUAAACGAGAUCUCCCAGCAGGGGGAACGGUAUCUGGACACCCAGAUUGAGAACGCCAUUACAGGAGUGAAGAAGAUGAAGGAGGUGAUGCAGAAGUCCACUGAAGAUCACAAUAAGUUUUUGGAUGCUCUGCAGAAGAAGAAGCAGCAGAAAGAGGAGGCUAUUCGGGAGGCUCAGGAGAUGGAGGCUAAACUGGUUCACGAGGAAGAGGCGUGUAAUGAGACCAUGAAGGCUCUGUGGGAGGAGUGCAAGCCCUGUCUGAAGACCACUUGUGUCAAGUACUACUCCAGAACCUGCAGCAGCGGAUCCGGGCUGGUGGGACGUCAGCUGGAGGACGUCCUGAACAGAACCUCGCCCUUCUCCAUUUGGGUCAACGGCGAGCGGAUCGACACUUUGGAGCAGGAGGGGCAGCAGCAGAACAAGGAGUUCAAGAACCUGGAGGAACGCUACACAGAGAUGGCCGACGGGGUGGACAGCAUAUUCUCAGACAGCAUGAAGGUGGCCGAUCACAUCCACCUGAACCCUCCCGUCUUCUUCUUUCCCCAUUUCCUGUCUCCGUACGCUCGGCGCGCCAGGAGCAUCCGCUCCCUGUUCCAAGAUCCCUUCCACAACUUCCAGAGUCUGUUCUCCCCCAUGAUGGGGAGGAACUUCUUUGACUCCAUGAUGGACAUGAGCAGCGACCCUGUCCCGAAUGAGGCAGAUGGCGACGUGAACGAGGACGUGGUGGUCACCAAACCUUUUGGCAACGGCAGGAUGACCUGCAGAGAGAUUCGCCGCAACUCAGCCGGUUGCAUCAAAUUCCGCAACGAGUGCGAGAAGUGCAAAGAGAUCCAGCAUCUGGACUGUGACGGGAAGAAACCUCUGGAGGGCCCGCUGAAGGAAGAGCUGGAGGAGGCUCUGGCCACGGCCGAGCGCUUCACGCAGCAGUACACCAGCCUCCUGCAGAGGAUGGAGGAGCAGCUGUUCAACACCUCCUCCAUCCUGGACAUGUUCAACAAGCAGUUCGGCUGGGUGUCAACUCUGGCCAACAGCACCAAAGACGGCCUUUUCCGAGUCAAGGCGGUGAUAAGCAGAGACUCACCCACGGAGGAGAAGCCUGCAGAAACCAGUGUGGAGGUGCAGCUCUUCGACUCCCCGCCCAUGACGUUCACAGUUCCGGGCGAGAUCCCCUGGACCGACCCCAAGUUCUCUGAGGUGGUGGCUCAGGAGGCUCUGGACCGCUACAAAGAAAUCAGCGUGGUUGUCAAAUAAACUGGGUUUAAACCAAAAACCCGAAGCUUCUCGCUGACCAGAGAAUGUUUCGACCUCAAGCAGACAGCAAGCUCACCCGGAGACAAACCCUGACGCCUCCUGCUCCUCCUCAAGCCCUGCUUCUGCAAACACUCUGGAACCCUCUCAUAGGUUUUAUUCCUUUAGUCCUGCUGUGAGGCGCUGUGCUCUUUAGCUGCCAACGGGAAGGCCUCCUGAAACAGGGAAAACACUGCAGACGUUUUUAGUGCGCACCUUUUUUUGUAUUUGUUUGCAUAAAAUGAAUUUGUUGAAGACGAGAUUCUAGGUUGUAAGAUUUGAGAUUGUUGAAAAAGAGAAGAAACUGGAAUAGUGUGUUUGUGAUAAUAAAUGUGUUGCUUUAAGGCACUCUAUUAAAAAUGUCUUUUUUCCUUUUAAAUAGAUAUGUUAUGAACAGUAAAAGUGGAUUUCUUUCUUGAUUUUAUUUUCAAUAAGUAAGUUUUUUUUGUUUGACAAAAACAUUUCAUGCAGAAAAUGACGAUUUAAGAGGAAUUUAAUGCUUUUUAAAUUUGCUUUUAUUUAGUCAACCAGAUAAUUCCUAAAAUCCUGCUCCAAAUUGGUAUCAAUUUUCUAAUGUGAAGUAUGAACAGGAAAUGGAGCUGGCAUCGGUUCCACAGUGUUGAAGUGGGCGGGGCCAAAAUGGGAACACCUCUUUCAGUCUGAAGGGGUUAAAAAACUGGAGCGAGCAGUAAAAAGUAGAAGAAAAAUGUUCAGAAUGACCUGUUGGCAGCUUUUACUCUGAAAGUACAACAUUCUUUUGUGGCCCUUUGGGGACAAAGUUCUAGUACAUUUGGACUUUCAUACAACUCCAAUAAUUGAUUACGUAUAACAAAAAAUAUAUUUUCUAGCCUGACAUUGGACUCCAGUGGGAAAAAAGGAUGCAGGUAAUUAUUUCUUUUGCAUCUUAGUCGUUUUACCCGAAGCAAAUAAACGUUUAUACACUUUG